CAAUGGCUGCUGGAAAGAGGGGAAAGCAAACAAUUUUCAGGCCCGCCGCGUCUAGCAAAAAAUAUGAGAAAAAAAUUAUAAAAAAUUCGGAAAAUAGUUGAAAGUCAAGAAAAACUCCGUAGAAAGGAUGUUAAGGCUCCUGGGGUGCCUGAGUCCUGGCGGUGUUGAGCACAUAAAACUGGAGAGAGAACAAGCGUCGUUGACAGUAGGUGGGCACCGCGUCCUUGUCCAACCAGCCGCGCUGCCCUAGGGUGCCAUGGCCACGGGAACCCAGGGGCACUUAGACCACGUUCCGGAUAAAGCCAGGCUUGCGGCGGCCACAGGGAGGCGCAAGAGAGCGGAGGGGGGCAAGCCCAGGAAGAACUUCCCCUGUCAGCUGUGCGAGAAGGCUUUCAACAGCGUGGAGAAGCUAAAGGUGCACUCCUACUCACACACAGGAGAAAGACCGUACCGGUGCUCCCAUCAGGACUGCACCAAGGCCUUUGUCUCCAAAUACAAGCUGCAACGGCAUAUGGCGACACACUCGUCAGAGAAAACCCACAAGUGUACGUACUGUGAGAAAAUGUUCCACCGCAAGGAUCACUUGAAGAACCACCUACACACUCACGACCCCAACAAGGAGGCCUUCGCCUGCCAGGAGUGCGGCAAGAGCUACAACACCAAGCUGGGCUUCAAGCGUCACCUGGCCCUUCAUGCGGCCAACAGUGGUGACCUCACCUGCCAGGUGUGCCUUCAGCCGUUCGCCAGCACCGGCCUUCUCCUGGAGCACCUUAAGACCCACGCCGGCAAGUCCUCGGGCGGCACCAAAGAGAAGAAGCAUCGGUGCGAGCACUGCGAGCGCCGCUUCUACACACGCAAGGACGUGCGCCGCCACAUGGUGGUGCACACAGGCCGCAAGGACUUCCUGUGCCAGUACUGCGCCCAACGCUUUGGCAGGAAGGACCACCUGACGCGCCACAUGAAGAAGAGCCACGCCCGUGAGCUGCUGAGGGUCAAGACGGAGCCGGCCGAUUCGCUGGACUCACCCUUUUCCUGCGGGCUAGCUGGAGGCGUCAAGGGCGAGCUGGCCACCAUGUCGACGCCGCACAGGCAGCUCCAGCUCAACCUGUACGGUGGCCCUCCUGCCACAGCACCACUGCCCCACCAUGCCCCCCUUGACACAGAGCCCAACCCCCCACACCCCUUCCCCCUAAAGUACCAGCUGGGCUCUAAUCUUACCUCAUACUCUGUCUCCACUCUGGAGAGGGAGCAACAUCUAAAGGGAGAACUGGAGACAUAUCUGAUGGAACUGCAGAGCGGCAUGCCGUCCUCCUCGGCCGAGGGGGCUCAGCUAUCCUCCGCCUCCAAACUGGAGUUAGACUCCCAGGUGGGCUCGUUGGAUGAGACCUCGUCUGACGAGGCAUCUCUGUCCAAAAUCUCAGCGGCAGCGGGCGAGUCGCUGGCCUCCUCCUCAUUGCUCGAUUUCUCACAGCUCUUCAACUUCCUGCCCUUGAACAGCCCUCCUUAUGGGCACCAGGUGACAGCCGGUGGGGGUCUAGGCGGGGUCUCCUUCCCGCCAGAGGAGGCACUGUCUCUCGUCCAGCUUCCGCCCCAGCCCCUGGAUUCUCAUGAGGUGACAGGGAGCGGGGAGGAUGUAAGCCCCCUCCACAGCCUCUCCUCCUCCUACACCUCUAACCUGAGCACAACCACCACACUGCCCCGCUUUCACCAGGCCUUCCAGUGACACAACACACACGCAUGCACACACACUUACACACGUACAGUAAACACACACAGGCUGAUAAAAAUUAUAUUCUGCAAAUUAUUAUUUUCAUGCCAGUAACACAUUUUUGAAUAUGUCUGCACAACACUACGACGUAAUAGCACUUCUGUUCAACAGUUAUGGGAUUGUACACAUACAGAUACAGUAUAUUAGAUGUAUGGGUGUGUAUCAGCACUGACAUAUACCACAUACACAAGUCGUUUGGCUCAACCACAUAGCUCAAGCCAUGGGAUAAUGGUUGACAUUUCAUGUGGUUCGUGUCAACAAUACUAUAUCUUCACCGCCCUUGCAAAUUCACCACUAUAAUGUUCAUGACCAACACAGUCCAUUUUAGUUCAGACAACAAUUAAACAUAACUAGGGUUUUGGAGUUUUACGUAGAGGAAUUUAUUUAGGAAUGUGAUUGCAGUGAUGUAUUUCUACCAAUCUAUAUUCUUAACCCCCUUUGCCUUGGAGUAGAUUGAACCUAGUAUGUCGAUUUAACCAUAUUUUCAUAUAGAACUUUGUACUUUUGUGUGAUGUUGAAUGUCCUCACCGCUAACCAUUUAAAAAAAAUGUCUUUAUCUCUUUGUUUUGUUUUAAGAUUUAUAGCAAUGCAAUCAUAUGUUUUUAGACAUAAGGUACUGAAAAGCCCCUUGUGGAAUGUAGUGUGAGAAUCAUCCCUGUUCCCCAUCAAAACCAAAGUCCACCAAAUAUCGACUGAGUUGCCGGGCAGAAUAGUGUCAUGGUAUCGCUGAUGGUUGUAAAUGUUGCUGCUGCCUCGUAGUUCUCCUAUAGGCCGAUGGGAUAACUCAGCUACAGAUAGACUAAGUUGUUCGUCCUCAUUUCAUUUGAUUUCAUAAAAAAGGGACAAUAUAAUAUACAAUUUUUUAUGGCAAGAAUGUAAUCGUAGGCCUGAUUCCAUUUCGGCCCCAAGCCCUUCGCUGCUUCAUACCCCUUGGUCAAAAUUGCUAAAGGACCGAAAUGGAACCAGACAGUAGAAACAACAUUAAAGCACUGCCACAUAACUAGGGUCAAUUUGUCUUUCCUCAUUCUACCGGUUUUAGUACCGGAUAUGAGGUUAGAAAUAGUUUGGGGAGCUUUAACUCAAUCAUUGCCUGGCUACCCAAACACCUAGCUCCAGCCAAACACUAUUGGCCUGAGCACCUCCCCGGCGGUUUCUAGAACGCAAACUUAUUCUAACUGUUCUGAUUGUCCCAGAAACGGAUGGGUUGGGCCAGAGCCAGAACACAUGUGAGUAAAGCGGCGUUUAGAAAAUUGGUCAUUGGCUUUGAUACUCUGAUUGGUUAAAGAUGAUCCAAUUGCUGAUGAUUUUGUUUCGUACAACAGCCCUCAUUUUGUCACCACAAACAACUUCAACUAUGGCAGUCUCAGACUGAAGUAAGUAGCGAACACAGAGCAGCGGAAGAAUUCCGUUUGAGUCGUCAGGAAAACCAUGCAUCAAAUCAAGGAUAAUGUUAGCAAUAUUCAAUCCGCAGGAAACAGUGUAGUAGAACUACCAGUUGCAAAGAGAAAUAUGUCCAUUGUGCAGUUUGAAGAGCUAGAUGGGUAUCUUUAAACAGGUAUCUAGACACUUUGUAUGAGUAUGCUAAGGUUUGUGUGAGCCUACAUCACGUGUUUGUGUGAGCCUACAUCACGUGUUUGUGUUUCCAGUCAAGGGCUAGUAUGUGAUUGCAGAGGAGAGGAUCCUCACGCAGAAAAUCUGGGAGGCUGUGUAGAGUGGUCAGAACCGAACUGCCUGUUACAUCUCAUCUAGGUGGUGCGAUGGAUUAGUCAUGUCUGAAUGUGUGAAUGGGAGAUUUGUGCCUCACACAUGCAGACAUUCAGAGUAGUGAAUGCAAAAGCACUUUUAAUGUAAUAUGUGACACAUUGUUCCUUCACUCAGAGCAAAGGGAUGUCCCAACUUUACAUUUCAAGUCAGUAUCCAGUAAUCCAAGAUUAUCUUCAAGGCCCAUAAUACAAUUACAAUAUUUUGUUUUUUAUUUUAUUUUGUGUUUUUUUAUUAACAGGUAAAUACAAUAUUACAGCCAGCCAGAUGCCUCUUGUUAUACUAUUCACAAAGAAGGAACCCUCUCAAAUAUAAGUAUACAACCAAUGGCAACCAGCAUAUCAGCUCAGUACAGAAAAUGCUUCUCUACAAAUGCUGAGACAGAAACACAGCUACUUUAGCUUACCAGUACCUGAAGUAGCCCCGUAGCGCCAAUUUAAACAGUUGUUUUGACAUUGUAUGUAAGGUUUAGAUAAAGUACUGUAUUCUACACCUCUGCGUGAUAUGAACUUGGCUGGAGUUCAUACUUGGCCGCCACGGUUGAAGAGUGUUUAUGAAGGAUUUGGUUUUUAGUGUCUCUAAAUGAUCUUGUCAAUUUUGUACGAUGUGUUGUAUAGUGCUGUAUGAUAUAGAAACUAGAGGAAAAUCCCAGCAAUGAUGAAAUAUGGAUGACUGGUCUGGUCUGGUCAAGAAGUGACAUUCCCAGAAUUGUCUCUGAGCGAGAUGCUGUAACACUGUGCUGAGAGACACUGACCCUGCUGCUGUCAAACAGUUCCUGAACAACUACAGUACAAGUCAAACGUUUGGGCACACCUACUCAUUCAAGGGUUUUCUUUAUUUUCACAAUUUUCUACAUUGUAGAAUAAUGGUGACGACAUCAAAACUAUGAAAUAAUACAUAUAGAAUCAUGUAGUAAGCAAAAAAGUGUUAAACAUAUCAAAAUAUAUUUUAUAUUUGAGUUUCUUCAAAGUAGCCACCCUUUGCCUUGAUAACAGCUUUGCACACUCUUGGCAUUCUCUCAACCAGCUCCAUGAGGUAGUCACCUGGAAUGCUUUUCCAACAGUCUUGAAGGACUUCCCCAUAUGCUGAUCACUUGUUGUCUGUGUUCCAACCCAUUCCAAACCAUCUCAACUGGGUUGCGGUUGGGUGAUUGUGGAGGCCAGGUCAUCUGAUGCAGCAGUCCAACGCUCUCCUUCUUGGUCAAAUAGCCCUUCCACAGCCUGGAGAUGUGUUUGGUCAUUGUCCUGUUGAAAAACAAAUGAUUAUCCCACUAAGUGCAAACCAGAUGGGAUGGCGUAUCGCUGCAGAAUGCUGUAGUAGCCGGGCUCGUUAAGUGUGCCUUGAAUUCUAAACAAAUAUCCGACAGUGUCACCAGCAAAGCACCAUCACACCUCUUCCAUGCUUCACGGUGGGAACUACACAUGUGGAGAUCAUCCGUUCACCUACUCUGCGUCUCACAAAGACACUGGGGUAACUCAAAUGAACUUAUCCUCUGCAUUAGCGGUAACUCUGGGUCUUUCUUUCCUGUGGCCGUCCUCAUGAGAGCCAGUUUCAUCAUAGCGUUUGAUGGUUUUUGCGACUGCACUUGAAGAAAUGUUCAAAGUUUGUUAAAUGUUCCGGAUUGACUGACCUUCAUGCCUUAAAGUAAUGAUGCACUGUCGUUUCUCUUUGCUUAUUUGAAAUUUUCUUGCAAUAAUAUGGACUUGGUCUUUUACCAAAUAGGGCUAUCUUCUGUACACCACCCCUACCUUGUCACAACACAACUAAUUGGCUCAAAUGCAUUAAAAAGGAAGGACAUUCCACAAAUGAACUUUUAACAAGGUCCACCUGUUAAUGGAAAUGCAUUCCAGGUGACUACCUCAUGGAGCUGGUUGAGAGAAUGCCAAGAGUGUGCAAAGCUGUCAUCAAGGCAAAGGGUGGCUACUGAAGAAUAUAAAAUAUAUGUUGAUUUGUUUAACACUUUUUUUGGUUACUACAUUUUUCCAUAUGUGUUAUUUCAUAGUUUUGAUGUCUUCACUAUUAUUCUACAAUGUAAAAAAUAGUAGAAAUUAAGAAAAACCCUUGAAUGAGUAGGUGUGUCAAAACUUUUGACUGGUACUGUAUGUAAGAUGAAACAGCUUAGGUCACUGCCAGAAUAAUGUCAGUCUUUAGGAACUUGUGUACUUGGCACUGUGUGCUUGUGGAUGUAUGUGUGCAUGUGCAUCUGUAAAUCUAAACGCCUAUGUUUCUGCUUUGUUCAGUGAUAGUGUAUGGAAGAUGUUUUCAGUUACAAUUUAGAUCUUAGUAGCCAGAUCAAGUCAAUCCCAUCAUCGAAGGAAUGACAUUGAUACCCCUGGGAUGUAACGCUAUGAUGAUAGAGGUUUGGCUUCAGGUAAAAGUCAACCUUUGGCCUUAAUGGAUAUCUAAUACAGUAUUUUUUUUUACCCUCGUUCGAGACGUGUCAUUUAUAGGUGUCUUUGCCUCACUCAACGGGAGAUGAGGACCUCACAGACACCUUUCAACCACGUUCAUUUCAGUACAGCAGGGCCGAUUACAUGCAAGUGUGCAAAUGUGCCUAUAGCGUUCUGACCAAUAGCAGCAAUGUACUGCAUAUCCAUUUGAAUUAAUCAAGUUUUUACUAUUUAAUUCUCUAAUGUAAACCAUAAUCAGUUUUAUAAAUAGAUCCCAUUGAAAUAAUUAUAUAUUAUAUUAAAAACAUUAGUGGGGGAACUGUUUUGAUAUAUUUCUACUAAAUCUUUAAUGCUCACGUAGACCAACUCUGUAAGUUCAUGUAACCUAUGGGAGUGGAUAUUAAUUUGCUUGAUUAUAAUGACUGAAAAAGUACAGUAGCUGGGCUGUUCAUUUACAGUAAGGUCCACUUUAGGUUGCCACUUCAGCUUUAUCUCCAACUUGUAUGUAUCAAAAAAGACUAUGCUCAGUUUGGACUGUAUAUCACAACCUUUCAAAUUGUGUGAAUAUACAAUUGGUAUACAGUGUUUACUUAGCUCAUGCAUUUAGACUGUCCAGCAGUGUUUUCCCUUGGCGCAAAAAAAUGUGCAACCUCACAUUGUUUUACUCUGUUAAAAAUAACCAAUAAGGCAAAAAACUUAUUUGAAUCCUCCAUGUUCCUUAAACAUUUCUUGAAUGAAAACAAUAUCACUUUAGUUAGGGCUACGGGAUGUCAUUGAAAGGGGAAGCUGAAUGCCUGUGUAAUGUUUUCAAGUGUUAUGGGGUUGAGUGCUAUCAAUGUAUCUUGAAGGUUUGUGGUUUUACAUAAAAUGUUUGGUAAGCCUCUAUAUAGGGCAGAUUCUUCUAUAAUCGUAGCACUUUUGGAAAAUGUUAUGCCUUUGUUUCCUCCAGUACUUUUUCUUCUUGUUUAAAAUACCUUUAUUACAAAGUAUAGAUGUCAUAUUUAGCUCUUUAGAAAAAGUUAACGUGUAAAUACAAUAUUAAAUGUUUUAUUUUUUACAGGUACCAUUUUUACAGUGUUUUACUAUCAUUAAGUGUCAUUUGCUUUACUUGCACAAAUGUUCUGUGUGUCUCAUUGAGGGAUCUAUCUGUCGGAUAGUAAAGACUCUAUUUCCACAUCAUUGCUGCCAUUUCAAAUAUGCCACAUUUCUUACCAUCUAUAUCUAUGCUGGCAAUUUGUUUGACUUUUAACCCUUGAUAUUCAGAGAGCUAGUGUAUGUAGCUAUCCCAGAAUUUACACUUAAUAAACACACUUGGUUGCCUUAAACAUUAUUUUUUAAUUGACAGGUUGGUCUAAAUGUAUUGGAGUAACUUAUAAGGCUCAAGUGCUUGGGGACACUGAUAUUUUUAAUAUACUUUUUUUUAUCCCCAAUAUUUUACACUUUAAUUGUUCCCUGAUGGAUGACUCCAUAUCUGGUUGGAGGGGUUUCUUCAGUGAGAGACACAGACCUUUAGCAAUUCAUGUCAACCUUCAUUAUAAGCUUCAGUGGUGCCAGUGAACCAUGUUGAAUGUGUAUGUAAGAAACACUGCAAUAUUGCAAUAUUUUGGUAUUGGAUCAAGCUGCUAAUGGAUACUUCUAAAGCUCCUCAAGGUGCUACAGACCUCUUUUCUAGUUCUUUGUUUUGUUUUUACAAAAAUAUAAAAUUGAGUUGUAUGGUCGGCAUGUGUGUGCCUGGUUGUUUUCAUAUACAUAUAUUUUUUGUACUGUGACUAUUUGUGGCCUUGUAUGGACUUGCCUGUAAUGUCACAUGCUUCUCUCCUUCACUUUGUAUGGCGGUGUGAUGGGGGAACCUUUGUCAUCCUGGCGAUUGACAUGAAAGGGCUUGGGAGAGUGUUCACUUGUUGCCUCAGUAUAAAAUCAGGCUGAGAUUACCUUGGUGAAGAUGAUGAUGAAGAAGAUAAUGACUCCACGAUAGGGGACACAUUUUUUAAAAGGACUAGUAGUACUUAUAGCGAGGGAUUUGUUCAGAGGCAAACUGCAUUCCAGCCAUGUUGGUUUUGUUGUUCAUUGCAAUUCCAUCCUGUGAGAAUGGACUCAUGUUGCUAAUCAUGUAUAUUUUACUUAAAAUCUAUUUUACAAACUACUGUUGUACUUGUAUAAAUAUAGGCAAAAUAAUUCAUAUAUUUGUGUAUAAGUUGUGUAAAAUAGAAAUUAACGCUGCAGCUUUUUAUAAAUUUUCUAACAUUGACAUCAUCCAAAGAGACAGAUUAUUUAUUAUCUGGCUGAGUAACCUGAUUUGUUUUCAUACUACCUUGCUGCUAUGAGAGAGAAGAGCUGCAGUCUUCAACUCCACUGUUAUUACACAGUGUAAUGAAAGCUCAAUAAACAUAAAAGAAGGAUUCAUGCAAAAGUCCACAA